ACACAGUGUGUGUUUAUUACGAGCCUUAAAGUGGCACAUGGAAACAAUACAGUAAAAUCUCAGUCCCUGAAUAUGGCGAAGCCCACUGGCACUGCCAGCACACGGAACGGCCGGGAAGUUUUUUUCGCAUUUUGAUUUUAUUACGGCGAAGAGUAGAUAAGUUGUCGUAUUUUCUGUUUUUAUGCACAUUUGGAGGUUGUAUCAACUAGUUUCUCCAUAUGGUUCAAAUGCUGCCACACACGCGACAGUAAAUGCGGCAGCGCUCGCGACUCCCGUCUAACCCGACACUCACAGCUGGAUAUCAUCGGCUGAGAGCUGAAGACAGUGCGUUAAUUCAGAGGUCACUGACUGAGAUGGAAGAACUGUCAAGCCCUAACAGACGCCAGUAAGCAAGGAUAUUCAUUGAAUUAGACGCGAUGGCAGUGUCCAGUAAUUCCAGUCUAUCGGGUUCCUCCUCCGUCUCCUCGGAUCCUGAAGAUUAUCAACCACCAAUAUGGAAAUCCUACCUAAAGAGCAUCAGCAUGACACAGACUGAUAAUUUAGGUACAUCAAGAGACAAGAGGCACCUUGACAAGAGGACGCAGGAUCAGUUUAUUUUGUAUCAGCUACAGCAGGAAGCACCAAGACCAAAGAGGAUCACAUGUCCUCAGGAGAUGGAGAGCAGACCCAAGUACUAUGGUAGAGAGUUCCUUGGUCUGAUUUCCAGAGAGCAUGCUGAUGAACUGCUGGCGGGGACUGAAGGUGCUUACCUCAUCAGAGAGAGUCAGAGACAACCAGGAACAUACACACUUGCCUUGAGAUUCGGAGGCCAGACACUGAACUACCGACUCUUUUAUGAUGGAAAGCACUUUGUGGGAGAGAAGCGUUUUGAGUCUGUGCAUGAUCUGGUUACAGACGGUCUCAUCACUCUCUAUAUUGAGACCAAGGCAGCCGAGUACAUCGCCAAGAUGACCACAAACCCCAUCUACCAUCACCUGGGCUACACUUCUCUCCUGAGGGACAGAUUCACACACCGUCUCAGUCGAACCCGCUCUGAGCCAAAAAGAGUUACUUUCCAGCAGGAUGACAAGAUCUCCCCAUCAUUGCUGAGCAGACGCACUACAAUCAAGGAGGGACCGGAGAAACACUGCAACUAUGAAAAGAUCCACAACUUUAAGGUGCACACCUUCAGAGGCCCACAUUGGUGUGAAUACUGUGCUAACUUCAUGUGGGGUCUUAUCGCCCAGGGCGUCCGUUGUUCAGACUGUGGACUGAACGUGCACAAGCAGUGCUCUAAACUGGUGCCCAGCGACUGUCAGCCGGACUUGAGCCGGAUCAAGAAGGUUUUCAGCUGUGAUCUCACCACGCUGGUCAAAGCCCACAACACACCACGGCCGAUGGUUCUGGACAUGUGUAUCAAAGAGAUCGAGAACAGAGGGUUGAAAUCAGAGGGUCUCUACAGAGUGUCUGGCUUCACAGAACACAUCGCUGACGUCAGACUGGCUUUUGAUAGAGAUGGUGAGAAGGCAGACAUCAGUGCUAAUAUAUACACAGACAUCAACAUCAUUGCUGGAGCACUGAAGCUUUAUCUGCGAGACCUGCCCAUUCCAGUCAUCACAUAUGACCUUUACUCCAAGUUCAUACAGGCAGCCAAAAUAACAGACCCAGACUCUAGACUAGAGGCAGUUCACGAUGGCCUCCUUCAGCUUCCCCCAGCCCACUAUGAGACCCUGCGUUACCUGAUGACACAUCUGAAGAGGGUCACCAUGUAUGAGAAAGAAAAUUACAUGACCGCAGAGAAUCUAGGAAUUGUUUUUGGACCAACGCUCAUGCGGCCACCAGACCAAUACACGCUCACCACUCUCAACGACAUGAGAUAUCAGAAAAUGAUUGUUCAACUCCUGAUAGAGCACGAGGACAUUUUGUUUUAAACAGCUAAAUUGAAGAAAUAUGUUUUAUAGACUUCACACAGAAAUGAGCAAGAAGCUAAUCAACUUUGUUGCAGCCUGCCACAAUUUUCAAAGAUAUUUAGUUUAAAGGGAUAGUUCACCCUAAAAUUCUCUCAUUAUUUACUCAUACUCGUGCCAUCCCAGAUGUGUAUGACUUUCUUUCUUCUGCAGAGCACAAAGGUUUUUAGAAGAAUAUUUCUGCUCUGUAGGUCCGUACAAUGCAAGGGAAUGGUGGCCAGAACUUUGAAGCUCCAAAACGUACAUAAAGCAGCAUAAAAGUAAUCCAUAUGACUCCAGUGGUUUAAUCCAUGUCUUCAAAAGCUAUAUGAUAGGUGUAGAUUUGAAACAGAUCAAUAUUUAAGUCCUUUUUAAUACAAAUCUCCACUUUCACCAGCCCACCUAACAGCUCUCUUCACUUCUAAGAGUUCUUCUUCUUUUGUUUUUGCUGAUUGGCAUUCUUUGUGCAUAUCGCCAUCUACUGGGCAGGGAGGAGAAUUUAUAGUAAAAAAGGACUUAAAUAUUGAUCUGUUUCUCACCAGCACUUAACACAUUGCUUCUGUUCUGAAGACGACUUCUGAGAGAAUUUUCAUUUUUGUGUGAACUAUUCCUUUAAUCAGAUUUUACAUUCACAUUUCACUCGAUGUGUUUCUCAACCCCAAGUAAUGGUACAAUUUUAUGCAAAUACAGUUACACAAGUAGAAACAUUCUGAAUUCAAAAUUUACACUGAAUACAUAAUUAAUUAUAAAUAGAUUAAUGAUGGGCAUUUCAUUUGAUCAAUCGGUUUUAUGACUAGAGUGAUGCCAAAUAAGUAUGAUGCAUUGAUCUUGGUGCUCUACAUGAUCCAUAGCUCUUGAGUCAAAAGCAUUUGUUAGCAUUGUGAAACUGACGUAUUGUCAAUAAUGAAUUCUAAAAGGUAUAUUUUUGGGGUUAUGAGAUUGGUUAAUGUACAGUAUGUUAUAAUGGCCAGACUAUUGAAAUCCUAUGUAAAGCACUUUUUAAUUUUACAAAGAGUGUAAGUUGUUGUUUCAUGUUUCUUGUUGAAUCCGUGUAGAUAACGCUGUAUUUAAUCCAUUGCUCCCUCAAAUAAUUUUUUGUUCACUGUACAAACAAUGGAGUGGUCAACAUUUAUUGGUCAGGGCAAGACAUCAGCAAAACAAACUGGACAAAAUUUAUUUACUGCUUAUUGUCCCUUCUUGGACUUUAAAGUUUCCUUCUAUUUAAAGAAUGACACUCAACAAAAUUGCUUGAAUUGUAUUCAUCUUAGACAGUGACACUAGUUCCUGAGCAUACAGGUUAGAGGCAAGAUCAGUCAUUUACCUCCCAUGAGAAAAAAAGAGGUACAAUUGCCUUGGUCUAAGUUCUUUUAAGUUGUUUAUUUGGAAUAAGACCUUUCUACAGAUUUGUUUUGUUAAGAUAUUUUCUGUGAAGAAUGUAAUUUUGAUUGUAAUUUAUGAAAUGCUGAUUUAUUAAAUUAUG